UUCCGUUGCCAUUUAAUGCAGUUCAAAAACCAUCUAUUUCUUGGUUCUUUCAGUGCAAACAGAAGCGUCAAGGCCUCCAAGAAAUACAGCCCCGUCCACAAUCUGAGAGGACGAUGGGAAGGCUGGGCAGAUGAGCACAUGAUCACACAAAAGCUCAAUCCUUUCAGUGAGGAGUUUGAUUACGACCUAGCCAUGUCCACCCGCCUGCGCAAAGGAGAUGAAGGCUAUGGCCGUCCUAAAGAAGGUACAAAAACGGCAGAAAGGGCCAAGAGAGCGGAGGACCACAUCCACCGAGAGAUGAAAGACAUGUGCUUCAUCAUCAGAACGAUGGCUCGGCACCGCCGUGAUAGCAAGAUCCAAGUCACUUUUGGUGACCUGUUUGAAAGAUACGUCCGUAUUUCGGAUAAGGUCGUUGGAAUACUCAUGAGGGCCAGGAAGCAUGGGAUGCUGGACUUUGAAGGAGAAAUGUUGUGGCAAGGCCGGGAUGACCAUGUGAUAAUAACUUUGCUAGAAUAAUGCUAUUCUUCAUGGGAUAACCCAAAGCGUUAUCAGUUCCUGGUAACUCUGGUCAACUAUAUGUUGACUACUCCAGCUGAGACAUCCAAGUUCUUCUUGGGGUAGCCAGUGUUUUGGACCAUGAUUCCCAUCAGUCAGCACACCCAUUGGUCAGAUCAUGGGACCUGUAGUCCAUAACAGCUAGAGGACAUCAUGUUGAAUGCCUGCAUCAUAGAAAUCGUCAGAAUCUCCUCCCUUUAAGUAAUGUCUACAUGUUACUAGCAAGUUCAUGCUUCUUCAGCCAGUUUUAUAAGGCUGAACUGCACAGAGUAGAUUAGCAUAUAAGGGAAUGAAGUUUACAUUCUAUCAGAAUGCAAGUAGCUUUGCAUCUGUUCAAUAUAUACUGUAUGCUUGUUGGGUUUAAGAGCAGCAAAUUUAUCUAUUAACAUUUGGAAGUAAUGUUCAAGUACCCUGAUACCUCAGUUUUAAUACUAAGUGGAAACUGGGGCCUGAACUCUUAAGUUUAUGGCAUUCUUUCUACAUGACAUUUCAGGUGAAUGGAAAUAAUUCCUAGACUAAGUAUAAUAAACUAUACUGUAGCAUUACUUAUAUAAACUGUGCAAUAUACCACAUUUAUAUUUACUAAGUCACUAUAAACUUCAGGAUGGCAUCAAUUUUAUACACUAUGUAAGUUAACCUGUAGUUGCUUCAAAAUGUAUAGCUGGACUAUUUUGCUGUGUUUAAUUAUUUUUAUAACUAUGUAUUUAUGACGCCGAUUGACAAGUGCUUGAAAAAUGUAUGGGAAAGCCUCCGGAUAAACAGUAUUAUACUUUUACUGUUUAAUGUUAAAAUGUACCAAAACAAAACCUACCCCUAUCCCAUGUUCUCUUUCAAACUGAAAGAUCACACAUCUUCUUACAGAAGAAAAAAAGAUGUAUGACUAUUUUCAGUCAUAAAGCUAAUAUUGUCAGAAAUGUUUUUCAGGCAUUACAGAUAGGUUGGUGAAAAUGCUUUGACUCACAAUACAAACUUAUUUAUUUGCAGUAAAUUCCUUAUUUUGCUAAGGAAUAAAUUUCCUACAUAUAUAGGCAUGGAAUGAGACUUUAGAGAUUUGCAUACUAACAUUGUUUGCAAAACAAUGUGCUUUGAAAUAAGUGGUGAAAAAAGGCAAUACUCUCCUUGAACAAAAAAAUUGAUUGCUUUUGAGACUGCAAGAUUGAGUUCUAAUGUACUACUUCAGCUCUCUCUAUAUAUGUGAUUUCAUUUUGAAGAUUGUUUGCCCUUUAUAAUGCCAUUAUUUGCUUAGGUUCUAUACACAGGUGUGUGCACUUUAGAGCUGCUUUGGGUACCAGUAGUUCUCUAGAAUGGGGUCACAAGUGUCCCCAGUCUGCAGAUCACAAGGGUAAGUUGUCAAAAAAUAAUGUGUUGGAUAUUAUUUCUGCCAAAUACAAAAACCAUCAAUCAUCAAAUUCUUCUUGUUCUUUUACAUUAGCAAGAAAGCAUUAUACACACUCUCUCUCUGGUUGAAUCCAACGCUAGUCCAGCUCAAAAUUGACCCAUUGAAAUCAUAACCUAAAUUAGUCAUGUCCUAAUUUCAAUGGAUCUACUCUGAGCAGGACUAGUACUGGAGAAAACUUCAUGCG